AUGAUAUAUAUCAAGAUAGUCGACCUCAACCCGGCUGCAGCCGUGCAAGCUGCCACGCCGUUCACCUCCACCGCCUCCUUGCACGCUACGUCUUACCCACAAUACAACGACGUUCCCUCGUCUGCGUUUCAGUCUGCAUCCACUGCGACAGGCAGAGUCAAACAGCGACAUCACAUUGCGGACCCUAUUGUGGCGUCUGGUUCGUACGCACACGCGAGCUCUGUCCCCACUGGCCCCAUUCGCAGAACAGCCGCAGCAUCAGCAGCAUCACACACCAAGAACGUGUUUUCCAUCUCCACGCAGCGCUGGGCAAAGCGUCUUGCUGUUAUGGCGUCUCCAUACCCCUCGAACGGAAACGGUGACGACGGCGCAGCACCGGGCGAGGUCUCUAUCGGCGUCGGCACCGUAUACGACCAAAACGCCUUCGGUUCUGGGCCUUACUCACGAGUCAACACCGACGACAGCUCCCAACCCACCCCGUCCCGCUCGCACUAUUUCCUUUCGCGCGAUGAGAUCCUCAAAGGCGUAGCGAACCGCUUCGUCCACUCAUCGGCCUAUCUCUGGUUCUAUGCGGGCAUGGCGCUCGCCUCGCUUCUCACCGUCGUCAUCAGUCUCACCUCCGACUGCCCCGGCACGCUGUUCUACGGGCUUGAGCUCGCGAUCAACCUGCUGCUGAUUGCGGAGGUGGGUAUACGCCUGCUUGCCUUUGGGAAGCAGUUUUGGAAGAGCACGUACAAUGUGGUCGAUCUAGGGCUGGUCCUGUUGUGUGCGGUAACGUUGUUGGUCAUCUUCUUUCAUCACGAGUGCUCGCCGUUCAGGCGAACGCCGUGGAAUGGGGGUGAGGAAGAGGGGAGCAGAGGCAGGUCGGGCAAGGGCGAGGAGCUUCUGGAUUCGAUUCUGCUGAUUGGCCGCAAUGUGGUCCAGGCGCUGAGGCUCGUUUCGAUUGUCAGGAGGUCCGGCAGCAAUGUCACGAGCAGACCAUCGAGGAUCGAGAUUGGGAAUAGGCCGUACUCGCUGGAUUUGGAUUUGGAGGAUGAGGGCGCGAUGGCGAGGGAUAGGAUCAGGAUAGGCGAGGAGGAACGCGCGCCGUUGUUUGACGCCGAGGAUGACGAGUUGUGA